UUCUUUAACUGACGCUAGCAGUAUCGCAAUCCCGAAAAGUUUUCAAAUUUUCAUUCAUUGCAACUACAAAAAUAAAUAAGAUUAUUUUACAUUUUUCAGGAUGAUGAGUUCUCUUAAUUUGACUAAGAAUGCUGGAAAGCUGUUGUUUACCCGCUGCUCGGCAAUCCAAAGCCAGUGGAUUCGGGAGCAGAAAACUAUGCCGGUGUACGAUUACUCCUGCCCGAAUCCUCCCAAGUGGGGUUAUUCUCCUUUUGGAAGGGAUCAGAAGACAUGGGGCGAGUGGACCUGUGCUAGGUUGGAUGACCUCCUGAACUGGGGCAGAAAGGGAUCCCUUUGGCCCGUGACCUUUGGCUUGGCUUGCUGUGCCGUGGAAAUGAUGCAUAUCGCAGCUCCUCGAUAUGAUAUGGAUCGCUUUGGAGUGGUUUUUCGGGCUUCUCCUCGCCAGGGAGAUGUUUUAAUUGUAGCUGGAACUCUAACCAACAAAAUGGCUCCGGCUUUCAGGAAGAUCUAUGACCAGAUGCCGGAACCCAGGUGGGUCAUAUCCAUGGGAAGCUGCGCCAAUGGAGGUGGCUACUACCACUACUCGUAUUCGGUGGUUCGCGGCUGCGAUCGAAUUGUUCCAGUGGAUAUUUAUGUGCCCGGAUGUCCACCAACCGCCGAGGCUUUGAUGUACGGCAUUCUGCAGUUGCAGAAGAAAGUCAAGCGCAUGAGGACAUUGCAGAUGUGGUAUCGAAAGUAAAGAAAUAUCCUAUGAGUUGUUAACUUAAUAAAAGUGGAGCCAUUAUUUACCACUAAA